CAGCCAUUUAAUUUCAACUAGUCUGAUUAAACAUUUUAAUAGAAAAAAUAAGUAUUAUUAUUUGGAAUAAGUUUUGUUAGUGUAUUAAUUUAAGUGUCAUGUCCCCACGCGUGGCAACUUUUUGUGUCGGUAAAAGUUGUUUGGUGGGAGAACGUAUGCUGUGCCACGGCCGUGACAGUGGCACAGGAACUUUGCUCGGAACAAAAUCUCUCUAUAUUAAAAAUAAUAAAAGUACGAUAUUCUGACAUUAGUGUUGUGUGUUCUUAUGUGAUUUAUAUUAAUUAUUAUUACAUUUAUUUUGUGUUUGUGAUACAUUGUGAAGGAAAAGAACUGGGUUGGUUUUCUCUUUCGAUUACUAUCGGAUUUUUUGGUGAGAGUCACGAAAUGGAUGUUUCUAAGCUAUUAUUGAAUCCAUGAAAAUUGCUGCUUGUCAAAAGAAACUAUCCGGUGAUGAAUUUUGAAAGAAUAUUUAAAAAUGUACCAAACAGGCACCGUAUUUAGCAAACUAACCAGACUAUGUCGGUUUAGGUUUGCUGAUAAAAUUAUAAUUAUAUUAUACAUAUAUCUUUUAAUGGUUAAAUGUGACUGUGAAAAUAAAUUCAAAGAUACAAGUCGAAAUUAUAACGAAACCAAAAUAUUAAAUAAUUUAGAAAGUAAUUUAGAAUCUACUAACUGCCAUAGUUGUGUGAAUAAUUUAAAAGAAAAUAACGACUCAAAUAUAACAAACGAGAAAACCAAUGAUAAUGAAGAAGAAAAAACUGAAAGUUUUAUGGACCGAGUUAUAGAUAAAGUUAAUACAUUUACAAAGAAAUAUAUCAUCGUUAAUCAAACAGAGAGUCAAUUGGAGAAUGAAUUUGAAAAAAUAUUAGACAAUGCAUUGAGUAAAGAUCGAUAUGAAAUUUUAGAAGGAAUUGAAAUACGACCAAUAGAAAAGAAAGAUUUGAUGAGAACAGACAAAGUUGAAGGCAGAGCACUAUUUAGUACUUAUACUUACGAGUACAGACUCUAUCAUAAGAUAAAGAACUUCUUUGAUACUCAUAUAUUAUCUAUUAACCUUCCAAAAGCCGCAAGACUGAUGGGAUUUAGAUCUUUCGGUCUAAAGAAAUUCUUUCUACCGUUGAUUAUCGGCAUGCAAAUCUUCAAGAGUAUUCUUCUGGCAAUGUUCCUGCCGAGUAUUUUGGGAAGUUUCGGUAAAAUUCUUGGUAAAGGAAUAUCUCAAUUGUCAGCAGCAUCAAGCCAAGCAAGUUAUCCACCGGCUAACACAGAUGAUCAAAGCGCGUACAACGACAACAAAGACUUCAUGGGUUAUGACACCAAUCAAGCUGGUAGCUACGCUUAUCCACAAGAAGGCUUGUACGAAGCAAUGGCUGAAGCCAAUGAUGCUAAUGAUCUGUCAAACGUCGAUAUGUCCAGAUUCGGUGCUAGCGGCCAGAAAGUAUCAUACUUGCCUUCAAAGAACAGCUACUACAAAAAUCAAAUGUCGAACACUAAUAAUUAUAAGAUAUUCCAGAAAAUACCAUCCUCGUCUGUGAUUCUUAGUAACUACGAUCCAUUUUAUUCGCCGCUGCUUUCUCGACUUGAUGGUAUAUUUGCAAGAUUAGGUCUAGCGCCAUCAGAGAAUUCGAUUGACAAUGGUGCGGGAGGUCAGAACAUGGUCGACAUGAAGUUAGAGUCAUGUCGCGAGCAACUUAUCUGCCUGAUGUACUCCAGCCCGGCGAAGUACGCGCCAUACAGUAACUUGGUGUCGGCGCAGUUGAGCAGGGAACUAAACGAGCUUCGUCGUCCGGUGUCUGAUAACCCUGAGAUUUUACGGUUCUUCCGCUACAUGCGAGCAGCACGUCGUGGUCAGGAGGGUGCUGACUGCGUGGGGCUGCAUCCCGCCUGCGCUACUGCGACACCAUCACAUACUAUGAUAGCUGCCUACCAUGAUAUCAACAAACUCGUCACCGCUAGGAAGAUUAAGAAGUGAUAGGGUUUCUGAAGACACCAGCCAUUCUGCGGUUCUAAAGUCAAUUUUAUGAAAAUUAUAAUGCAUUGUCUAAAUUGUAAAUGCUUUUAUAAAUAAUUUUAAAUUUAAUAUUCAGUUCAAUUAUUUCUUAUUGUUUCACUUUCAAGUAUCACUCUAAAUUUUAACUUUUGAAAUUCCAUUAAAACAUCACCCUGUAUUUCCAUUAAAAUGUCUAAAUGUAAUUAACUUGACAAUAAGAUUGUGAUUAUAAUUUAAUUGUAUUUCAAACAUUAAUUAGAUUUGACACAUUUAAUGAAAAUGUUUACUUUACAUUAAACAAUACUUGUUUUAUUAAAAAGAUGUAAAUAUUAGAUUAUAAUAUAUUUAUUAAAUUAAAUUAAGUUCCAUUGAAAAUGGAAAAAUAAUUAAUUUAUUUAUUUGAUGUAUGAAUGUAAUUUAUUGUGUAAUUGUAUUUAUUGUGUGCGUGUUAUAAUUUUAAAUAAAUAUUAAUUGAAUACUUAUUUUUUUUAUAUAAAUACUGUAAACUUUAAUAUUAAUCUUGGUCUGAUUUGAUUAAAAUAUUAAUUAUCUUUAUUAUUUUGUUUUAUAAUGAAAUCCUUCACUUUAAAAGAUACGUUAUAACAUUUAAUAUUUUAAUUAAAUUUUGUACCACCCUAUGUAAAUUUGUUCGUUAUGAAAUACGUUAUUUUGUAAAUUUAAAUAAAGAUAUUAAAAGUCUUAAGAGAAUUUUGUAAAUUACUUUAACAUAACUUAUAUAAAAUUAAUAUCGUUGUGUUUACACUUAAUUAAAUAAUU